CAGGAGUGCUGAGUGUCUGCUGUCCCAUUGGAGGGGUGGGGACGCAGAGUGCCAGCCACACCUCACCACUAGAGACAGACGCGAGAGCGACGCGGUUUCCCCCAGCCAGCCCACGUCUUUCCCGGGCAGGUCACCCAGGAGUCCGCUCAGCGGUUGGCACCCGGGGCCUUCCCACUCCUCCACUCUGCCGUCUCGAAUCAGCCCGCCCCAGAGGCACUGCGAGCCUCUCUGCUCCUCCCUCCAGCUCUUUCCCCGGCGAGCGCGACUCCAGCGCCCGGUCCGGUCCCCUCUCCAGCCAUGCUUCGCUGCAGGCUCCUUCUCCUCCUUGAACUGAUACUGGGGGCUGAAGUGGGCAGCGCUGGGGGCUCCAGGACUGAUGGAAGAGAAUGCAACAUGACUCAGCAAGCUGCAUGUGGGGACAGAUGCAUCCCUGUGGCCUGGCUCUGCAAUGGUGAGCGAGAGUGCCCCGAUGGGACUGAUGAGCAGUGUGAGGAACCAUGUGGAGGACACCGGCAAGCCUGGCAGUGUGACGAUGGGACAUGUAUUUCCAUCCACUGGCUUUGUGAUGGUGCUGGUGACUGUUUAGAUGGCUCAGAUGAGGUUAAUUGUGAGAGAAUGACGGCAUGUCCAGGCCAAAAAGUCCAGUGCCUAGGAACAUCUGAGUGCCUGGAUGCUUGGGAACUCUGUGAUGUCCAUCAGGACUGUAAAGAUGGGUCCAACAAAGCACAUUGUCCCCAGAGCCACUGCCUCGCUGGGCAGUGGCAGUGCCAGAACAAGGUGUGUGUCAUGGAGAGCUGGAAGUGUGAUGGUAUCAACCACUGUGGUGACGACUCAGAUGAGGAAGCCUGUGCUUUCUGUCCAGAAGGCACAGUUAGAUGUGAUGAAGGGAAGUGCAUCCGAGAAUCUUUGAUGUGUGACGGGGAGGCAGACUGUGCAGACGGCACCGAUGAACCCGCCACAUGUGGCAGAAACUGCUCUCUGGAGACUGGGGGCUGUGAGGGGCUGUGUAGUGACACGGCCUGGGGCGUCCGGUGCUCCUGCGGAUCAGGGUGGCAGCUGCAGCCUGAUAGGAGGAGCUGUGCAGAUAUAGAUGAGUGCUCUGUGGCGUAUGGACCUUGUGACCAACUAUGUCAUAAUACACCAGGCUCUUACUCCUGUGACUGUGUUCAAGGCUAUGAACUUUACAGUGGAAGCAAAUGUCGAGUUAUAGAUGGUGAUGUUAAAAUUCUUAUAGCAGCAGAUCAAGAGCUUGGUGUCCUGGAUCAAAGAACAGGGAUCUAUGAGGGUCUGAUACCUAUAAAAACAAGACCUAGUUCUGUGGCAUAUGACCUGGAAAGAAGCAUGUACUUCUGGGUAGAUAAGACCCUCAAUGUGUUUGUCUCUGGGAAGCCAAACCCUGUUCCCCUCUAUCCAGAACUUACAACAAUGAACAGUAUCUCUCUGGACUGGUUCACGGGACAGUUAUAUUGGGCCAGCAGCUUUGCAAGGGCCAUUUGUGCUGGCUUAAGUGAUGGCAGAGGCUAUGUUAAAAUCUUGGAAAAAGAUGUUUUGCCAGAACAGCUAGUAGUAUUUCCUGCAAAGAAGUACCUGUACUGGGUAAAUGGAGGUGGGAAAGGCAGAAGGACCAUUGAAACUGCAGGAAUGGAUGGCUCUGACCGGAAGGUGCUUGAGGUGGUCACCACCCAGCAGCCUUUAGGACUGACGCUGGACCAUGUGACUGGCAGGCUUUACUGGAUCAGUGGAUAUAAGCAGUCCAUAGAGACAGUGAAAGUGGAUGGCAGUGGGAGGUACAGCUUUCCAAAGAACCUAGAAGGUGAAGACCCACUAGGACUAGCUGUGUUUGAGAACUCGUUCUUCUGGGCAAAUAAAACACAGCUGUUUCAUACCUCACUCUACAGCCAAGAGGAGAGAAGAAUGUUGCUGGAUGCAUCCAUAUCUGCUUUUUCCAUCCUCCACAGGUCCCUGCAGCCCCCAAGCAGACACCCAGCUUGUGUUCCAGGGGUUUGCAGCCACUUGUGCCUCCUGUCUCCUGUCCAUCCCAAGGGCUAUAAGUGUGUUUGCCCAGAGGGAAUGUUUCUUUUACCUUCUGGUACAUGCAGUGAGUUAAAACUUGUAUUUUCUUCUGGUAAACGCCUGUAUUUGCUGAAAGUGGGCUCUAUGGGAGCUGCUAUAGAGAGAACUCUAAUUCAAGAGCACCCUGAGAAUGUCUAUUUGUUGGAUAUUGACUGGAAAAGGAAUUUCAUCUAUUGGACGAAUGCACAGGGACACCUGGUCUACUCCACUGGGUAUUCAGGACAAAAGCAAGAGAUUUGGACACAGCAUACAGUCUGCUCAGCAAAUGUGGACAUACCAACAGGGAAUGUGUACUGGCUGCCCUGUGACCGAAGUGACAUUCAGAAGACCACAAUUCCUGGCAAGGACACACAAACCCUGUACAGCACAGGCAGCAUUAUACUGCAGCUGCUUCUCGAUUGGCCAAGGAGGGCACUAUACUGGGUGGAGAGUGGCAGCCACUUGCAAAGUAUGACCCUCAAUGGCAAAAACAGACACACAAUCUGGAGAGGUACCUGGACGGCAGACACUCAGAUGGCCUUAGACCUCAACGCAGCUAGCAUCCUUUGGGGCAGCAAAGGGCUGGGGCUGCAAAGUCUCAGUCUCUUGAAAAAUAGAACCUACUCUUUGAACAAGUCCUGGAGUGAUGGGCUUAUAGCAGCUCACAUACCCUACCUGGUGACCACGGACAAGGCAGCUCUUGUGCUGUGGAACAGGAAGACUCUGGAGCCCUUCUCCGUGCUGAAGGAGCCACACAUAAGGAAAAUGGUCAUCUUGGCAGAAAACCAGGAAGUGCCAGGGACCUUCCAGUGUCUGGAUGGAAGCAGGUGCAUAGACAGUAAAUACCACUGUGAUGGAGCCCAGGAUUGUCCUGAUGGGUCUGAUGAGGUGACCUGCUGGAAACCCACUGAGGAUUGUUCUCUGCAUUGUGAUAAAAAGACCCGCUGUGUCCCCAAGAGCUGGCUGUGUGAUGGGAACCUAGACUGCUUUGACAAAAAAGAUGAAGAAGGAUGUAUUCAUGAAAACUGCAGCAUGUCUGAAUUUAGAUGUAAGAGUGGCCAAUGCAUUUCCUACUCUCUGCACUGUGAUGGGCACCCAGACUGCCAGGAUCACUCAGAUGAAGAAGGCUGCCCUGCUGCCUGGCCCCUAAGGUGCCCACUGGGGCAGGUGAAGUGUUGGGGCAGUGGAGAAUGUGUGUUAUCUGAGUGGAUAUGUGACCACGACCUAGACUGCAAAGAUGGAAGUGAUGAGAAGGACUGUGACCCUGAGGCACUCUGGUGUAGCCCAAGGCAGUGGGCCUGUGCCAGCCGAGACCAGUGUGUGCCUGACUUCUGGCACUGUGAUGGGCAGAGGGACUGCAGGGAUGGCAGUGACGAGGCUGGAUGCCCUGCUCAGAAGUGCCGGCGCUCUGAGUUCCAGUGUGGCACCUCUAUCUGCCUCAACUUCAGUUUGGUGUGCAAUGGGAAAGAGGACUGUGCUGAUGGCUCGGAUGAGGGUGGCAGGUGCCACCUACCAGCAUGCAGCCCAGGACAGUGUCCCCAUACCUGCUACCCAUCCCCAGCUGGGCCUGUCUGUGCUUGCGAGCCAGGCUUUGAGUUGGAGAGCAGUGGAGGGAUCUGUGAGGAUGUGGAUGAGUGCCAGGGGUUCAGCAGUCAGCCUUGCAGUCACACCUGUAUCAAUACCAAGGGCUCAUACAUCUGCACCUGUCAUCCUGGCUACUCACUGGAGCCUGAUGGCCAUACCUGUAAGGCAACAGGUACUGAACCAAUCCUGCUUGUUGCAAUUCAAUUUAACUUAUUUCUCUAUGGAUUGAGAAGCUUGAAAGAAGAUAUCCUGGCAACUAUAGACAAGAACCUGAUUAUUUUCUCUGUUGACUAUGACUUAGUAGAUCAGAAAGUCUUUUGGACAGAUUUCAAUGCAGAAAGUAUACAGUGGAUAAGUAUGGAUGCUACAAAGAGAGGCACUGUGGUGAAAGGGAUAAAGUCAGACUGUAUAGUGGUUGACUGGAUUGGAAGGAAUCUGUACUGGACUGAUGGGACAGCUGGUCAGAUUUUGGCGAUUCCACUGACUGCUGUUUGGAGAGGAAAAGCUGAGUACACAAUUGUCCUGGAUGAUGACUUGACACAACCCCGGUCUUUGGCUUUGGAUCCUCUAAAUGGAUUAAUGUACUGGUCUGAGAUUGGAGAAGAACCGCAAAUAGAGAAAGCAGGAAUGGAUGGAAGCAGCCGGAAAAUACUCAUUGAUAAAGGUCUUGGACGGCCAACUAGCAUAGCUCUUGACCAGUUAAGUUGGAAGAUAUUCUGGUCUGAUGACAAAUUUCACAGCAUUGGUUCUGCCAACCUAGAUGGUACUGGCAUUAGUAUGUUGCAGCUCACACAAAUCAAGAACCCCUUUUCAGUCACUGUGUUUGAAGAUGGAGUCUUCUGGUCUGAACUGAAGACAAGAACAGUACAGCGUGUGCAGAAGAUGACAGGCAAGAGCCGGGCUGUCCUCAUCAAGCGUUCUGGACAGCCCUAUGGACUCAAGAUAAUGCACGAAGUGCUACAGCCUAGGUCUUUGAAUCCUUGCCUGGAUACUGGAUGUUCUCACUUGUGCCUUUUGAGCCCACGAUCCACGGGAAGCUGCCAUUGCCCAGUUGGCUUUUUGCUUGCAGAUGAUGGCCUCAACUGUGUCCCACUCCAGGAGUCUGCAUUCCUCUUCCUUGUACUGCCCACAGUUAUUACACAGAUCUAUCUGAAAAAUCUCAAAGCUUUACCAGGACAAGCAACUUUGCCAGAACAUAGAAUGCUUCCCUUUACCAGUGUGAACCAGCUUGCAUCAGUGGAUUAUUUUGUGCAGGAAAAGGCCUUGUACCUUUCUGAGUUGAAUAAUGGUGAUAUCAGGCUACUGAGGCUUAAAGAAUCUGGGACACUUUCUUGGAGGAAACUCAUAUCAGUGGAGGGGUCUGUGAUCAACCUUGCUGUGGACUGGCUCAGUGGAAACAUAUAUUGGAUUGACAGUGAGAAUCCCCACAUCAAUGUAGCUUCCUCAAAAGGCCAGUAUCCCAUUGUCUUGCUCCAUGAAAAUCUUGCCCGCCCAGCCUCUGUUGUUCUGCACCCACCUGCUGCAGCCAUGUGCUUCGUGGAUCUGGGUCCCUGGAAUGAUGGCAGUCAUGGGUCCAGCAUUGAAUGUGCCGCUAUGGAUGGCAGUGGGAGAAAGGUGCUAUGGCAGAAGUCCCAGCUGCCUGUGGGCCUGGCAUUUUCAGAUUCAGGGACUCGACUGUACUGGGCUGAUUCUGGGCGAGGACUCAUAGAAAGCAUUCAGCAAGAUGGCUCCAGACACAGAGUAGAUCACAGAGGAAUUCGGGGACUUAACCUCUUUACAUGUGGUCAAGGCAUGAUGUUCUGGACAACAGUUGAUGAUACCCAAAUCACUAAAGUUUGGUAUAGCAAGAAAGGAGUUUCAGAAAACUGGUGGUUCCAAGUAGACCAGAAGAUUGUGAACUUAAAAGUGUAUAGUACAUUUAAUCAACAAGGUAAUAAUAGUUGCUCAAAAGACAAUGGAGGAUGCAGCCACAUCUGCUUACCAAACCCCAAGGGUCAGACUUGCAAGUGUCCCCAAGGGUACUACUUGGCUGAUGCAAACAAAUGUAUUGAAGCUGUCCAGUGCUCUGGGCCAUCACAGUCCUGUGAAGAUGGUCAGAAAUGCAUUUCCAUGGAGCAAGUUUGUGAUGGUCAUACUGACUGUCUUGAUGGAUCCGAUGAAAUGGACUGUAAAACCCAUUCAACAGCAACACCUAAAAGGCCAGAAGCUGGAAAGAGUUUGGCUCCAAAAGCAGCCCACACUCUCCAGACUACCAAGUCCACCACACUUGGACACCAAGGUCAAGAAGGAAUGAGAUAUCCUGUCAGAAAAACAUUAACCACUCAGAAGCCUGCUGGACCGAGCAAGAGCCCAGAAGUCAAGGAAAGAGGAGAGUCUUUUCGCCCCAAGGACUCACAGACGACAAAACACAUGCCCUGCACUAGUGCUUUCUGUAAUGGGAGGGGAAUCUGUGCAGUGGAAGGAAAGCUGAGAAAAUGCAGCUGUCUGACAGAUCAUGGGAGAGAGUUCUGUGAAGAGGCACAGAUCUCUGUCUCUGGCUUCGUAGCCCUCAGCAUAACCAUGGCUUUCUCAGUGGUUCUGGUAGCUCUGGGAACACUUACAUAUUUCAGAAGAGAACAUGAAUUAAAAAGAACAUCAUCAAGGAAUUUGGCUUGUGAUAAAGAAAAUAACCAAGAGGAGGAAAAUCUAAUGAAUAGUGAGAUUUUUGUCAAUGAAGCCUAUGAUGAGCAGGUAUGUUGAGGGAGACCAGGAAGACUCUCUGAAGAAAGUGGAUUGUGAGGCAUAGUUAAAGAAUGACCUUUCUGAAAAAUCCCAGCUGGGUCAAAGUCAAUGUGAAUUUAAAGAGAUUCUUUUUAUUGGUGAAUGUGCACAUGAAACUAUAGUGUAUAGCUAUUGUGCUUAUGAAACUAUUGCUCAAUAACCUUUUUGUUCUUAGAUUGUAGUUUGAAGAACUAACAUUAACCAAAAUGAAACAUGUAUGAAAUAGUAUCAAGAAAUUUAGUGUUUAGUGGACUUCCACGAGGGGCCUGGCUUUAUGCUGGGGCAGGAUGGGAUGUUAUUAAGAUUACUCCGCCUGUGUUCUCUGCUAACUUCUGCAUAGUUCAGUAAUCUCUGCAUUUUUGCUUUGUUUUAAUGUAGUGUAACUCCAGCUCUCUUUAACUCUUUUCCCACAGAAAUUGCUAACAUCUUUACAGACAGACUGACCUUAUAAAAAAGAAACUGAAAUAUUCCAAUAAAAUGUUUAUAUAUUU